AUGGAGGCUUCUGAGAUGCUAGAAGGGCUUUGUGAGCGUGUUGAGAGGCUGGAGGUGGUGUUGGGUGAGGUAGGUCCGCUUUCUGAUGACGAUCUCUGCGAGAAAGUUGCGUCUGUAACGCGAGAGCUGCAAAGAGUCUUUCGAGAGGGCCAAGAAUACAGCGAACAUCUGUUGCAAUUGCUGGAAAUAUAUGCUCUGGGGGAUCACGAGAGGGGUGAGGACCACGAGGUGAAGUUGCAGGCUAUUUUGAGCCGUUACGACGAGAUUUUUCGGUCACUGAAGGAGUUGCGCAAACUGGACGUAGCAUACCAGGAACUUUCCAAGCAGGAAAUGGACAGCAGGAUCCCUGUGGUGGAGAUUGGGAAAGUACAGCAGCUUCCAGCGCUCAUGGAGGCAUGUAACAGACAGCUGGUACGAUCGCUAUCAUUGGUUCAGAGGUUUGCAUCCUGGAAUGUGCAGACCAAUGAGCUCUUCUGCGAGCUUAAUAACAGAUUGAAAAUGCUCGAGCGCGACAUUGACUCUAUGUCUGACUAUGUAUGA